UCAACAGAGUCUGGUAAAAAGUUUCAUCAUUCCCAUUCAAUUCCAAUUAUUUGGCGUAGCAAAAUCCACUCUCUUUACCCAUGAGUCCAAUUCCGUACAAUAUCAUCCAGGAGUGGGAACGACAAGUUCUGUCCAUGGACGACCCUUUCAUAGCUGGAAUCCCGAAGAUUGAACUCCACGUCCACAUUGAGGGAACUUUAACUCCAGAGCUCCGAUGGAAACUUGGCCAACGGAAUGGCAUUUCUCUCGGAUCCAAAAGACUUCGGAAAGACUUCCACUCAUUAGAGCAAUUGAAACAAUCUUACGAUUUACUCCGACCUCGCAGCGUCAAAGGAAGUGGUCAAGUUUCUGCUUUUUUCGAUGCCUAUUACGGUGGAAUGGAGGUGUUGAGAGUAGAAGAAGAUUUUUACGAUCUCGCUAUGGAUUAUUUCCUUAAAGCGGCCGCGAUGAAGGUUCGAUAUUGCGAGCCUUCCUUUGAUCCACAAGCCCAUACACGCCGAGGGGUCAAAUUCGAGACCUUCAUGAGAGGGUUCAGGAGAGCGCAAAUUGAUGCCGACCGAAAGCUCAAUGUCAAGUCGGCAUGGAUCAUGUGUAUGCUGCGAGAUAUGCCUCCACAGGCAGCAAUAGAGCAUUACGAGGCAGCUUUGCCAUACAAAGACAUGAUUAUGGGAGUUGGACUUGAUUCAAACGAGUACGAUCGGCCACCUUCACUAUUUGAAGAACUGUAUCUCCGUGCUCGUGCAGAUGGAUUCAAGCUCACGUGCCAUUGUGAUGUCACCCAAAAGAAUACCCACGAGCAUAUUCGCCAAGUAGCUGAAUCUGUCGGUGGUACUGGAGCUGAAAGAUGUGAUCAUGGCUUAGACGCUGCAGAGUCCCCAGAACUAGUUUCUCUCAUCAAGCACAAGGAUCUCGGGGUAACACUGUGUCCAUGGGCGUAUGUGCGACACCAUACUGAAGUAGACCUUUUCAAGCAUAUUCGAACCCUUUUCGAUGCAGGUAUCAAGGUUAACAUUAGCAGUGAUAGCCCGGCAUAUAUGGAAAGCAAUUGGGUCACUCAAAACCUUCUAUUGGUCCGAUUAAAGUGCAAGUUUACAAAUGAUGAGAUAGCAAAAGUAGAGAAAAAUGGAGUGGAGAUCUGCUGGGCGCCCAAGGAGGUGAAGGAGAACAUCCUCAGGGAGAUAGAGAACUUUUGCAAUUCUAGCAGUUAGCAGUCUCGGGGAAAUAUGCUGUAUUUCAUAUCGAAAUCUAAGCUAAUAUAACGAAGCUGACGUGACUUUGCUUGGGCAUUUACUUAGGGAGAAGAGGUGAGGAAAGAGUGUAAAACGGAUUUUCUGGG